AAAACAGUGGACUUUUGCCUCGUUUCCCAGUUCCAGCAUAUCCAUAUCCAUAAUCACCAACAUCAUAGCAUGCGGCUGCUGUGCCACUGCGGCCCAGAAGAACUGUAGUCUGUCCGUUGUUGCUCAUCUUCACUCCCAGUUCUGCGGAGUCUCUAUUAUUACUAUCUUCCUCUGCUGUCAAACUUUGGCGGCUCUGCCUCGUCCGCAGAUACCCCGGCUCUGUCUGUCUUUCUCAUCAUUAUUAUCCUCCUGUCAAGGCCUCUCCUGCUCUGUUCGUUUUCUUCCAGCCCAUCUUGGUCGUUGUUUUAGCCACCGUCAUUGGCAUUGUCAUUCAUUAUUAUUACGCUGGAAUAAUAUCUUCGUCUUUCUAAUUCCUCCUUAAUAAUCCCCUUCCCUCACCCGCCACUCGGUUUUUCCGCUUCCUCGUUUUCCUCGUCGCAAUCCAGAGAGAGAUCCAAUCCCUUUCUAUCCUCUCGUACCCGUUCACUCCUCCACAACGCCAGAUGCCCCAGUCCUCCCUGUCCCUAUCCCGGUUUCAACCUGUUUAAUCAUCCAUACGACACUGCCUUACUCCUCUCGCGCUUGCUAGGCUGACUCCCUCUCUCUUUGUCACCUCUGAGCCUUGACGAGCCGCGAGGCGGAAGGAUCCCCGGUCAGCUUGCGCCACGCUCGGGUGAGCGCCCCACGCGACGCCGCUCCUCCCGCAUUACUCCCUCGACUGUACCAAACUGGCGUCAUCUCCAGGUCAUCCAUGGCCGCACUGAUGCAAUCUUCUAACGAUCCGACUUCCAUUACCAAUCCGUUGUCCGCUGUAUCGAGCUCGGUUGUGUCGAACCCUUCCGAAUCCAUCAUCUUCCUGAAGCAACAGCCAAACUCGGAAACGAGUUUGAGUUCGAUCGCGAGCGCUGGCCUGCACGUUUCAAGGUCAUCUCGAGACCAAUUGCCACAAAUGAACCCUUCCAAACCGACUGGGCCGACAGACCGGCCACUGGAACAUGAGCACGACUCGCAACAGAGGAGCUCUCAGGUUGCCAGGGAAGCCCUAGGCGCCAGUGAGAAGUCUCACACUGGCGUUAUCAACGAUACAAUGCACAUGCCGCCUGACCACAUGCAGGUUGACCCGCAUGCAGGUUCAGGUAAUGUGACGGAAACCUUUGGGACCACCGAAAACAGUACGACCUCACUCGUCAACACCUCGACUGUAGCAAGCCCCGGUCCGAUUGAAGACACAGUCUCCCAGGACGGAGAUCGUCCGCAUCAUAGGGACGAUGGCGAGAUUCCACAAGAACAUACUAGCAAAUCAUUCUCCUAUCCAUUACCAACUCCUAGUAUGAGCGACCCUCGCCGCGGUCAUAGUCUACCGAACUCUGGCUUUCACAAGGGUAGCCUGCGAUCUCCGUCGGCCAAGAAGCAUCGAUGCCCGUACUGCCCCACGGAAUUUACACGACAUCAUAACCUCAAGAGUCAUCUGCUCACCCACAGCCAAGAGAAACCGUUCGUGUGCCAAACUUGCCAGUCGCGCUUCCGACGACAUCACGAUCUGAAAAGGCACAUGAAGCUACACACAGGGGAACGGCCACACAUCUGCCCUAAAUGUGGUCGCAGGUUUGCUCGCGGAGAUGCGCUGGCUCGUCACAACAAGGGCCAAGGUGGGUGCGCUGGCCGAAGAUCAAGUAUGGGCAGCUUUAUCCCGGAGGACGAGUAUGGUGACAACACAGCUCAUGGAGGUCCCGAGGAUGGCAUGGAGGGUCUUGUCUACGCAGAACCGGAACGCAUGGAUGAAGACGACGAAAGGCGUCUCAGCAUGCCCAGCAUAAAAACGCACGGUGCCCCGACGGAACACUAUCACCGCUCCAUCACCAGUGUCUACCAGCCUCGCCAACCUAGCACUUAUCCUCCGAUCGCCACCAGUCGCCCAUCUCCGGGGGGCUUGUUCCCUCCUGCAGCCAGCCAUGGCGGCUCUAGUACAUCAACUUCUCCCAUAUCGCAGACCGGUAACUUAAAUUUCCCACCGCCGGGGCAGCCAUCAGGUGCCUCCAUCUUUCCGUCAAACGUUACAGAAAGCCCCAAGUCUCUCUCUCCGAAUACGUUGACCUCACACCAGCUUGGCCACGUUUCCGAAAAUAACAUGCAACUGCAUCGCGGCCAUUCUCCAGGAAUGGCACAGUCGUAUCAGCAGCAGACACUCGGUAGGACAGGGGCGAUCCCAACUCAACCAUCCCUAGCGAACCCGGCUGCUCCUGGUUUAGGGCUUCCUCCUCAGCCAGGUGCACCUCAGCUACCUCCUCCGCCUGGGUUGAGUCCUUCGGAUUCUCGCUUCUCACUCCCCAACCAAGCGCCGGUACAACCGUCGUCUUCUGGUCCGCCGCAGCAAACUUCUUCUCACAGUCUCUCCAGGAAUCACUCUAUCUCAGUGUCCUCAAAGACAGAGGCUCCCCAACAAACCAAUAGCAGCUACUUUGCAGGACCUCAUGAUCCUAACUUGACGGAUCAGGGCCAGGAGGACAAGCUCUGGGCGUACAUUCGAUCUGUGCACGAAGAGCUGACUGGCUUGAAAACCGAAGUGGCUGCACUACGAGCACAAAUCGCUUCGUCAAAUAUGAACUCAUCUGCAACCGAUCCUCACACAGGGAAAUCGCAAUCCGAGACCGGGGCCACUAACGCUGGACAACGAUGAUCCCUUGGGCUUGAGAAGCGUUUUAUGUCGACCCCAAACUACACAAGUGUGGGUGUGAUGAAUGUUGAUGUUGGAAAGGGCCUGGAAUAUAAGCUUCAGUUUGCUGUAUUUUCAAGUCCUCUUCCAACAACUACUUUACAGCGCAUCCGCCUGUGUGUUCUUUGUGACAAUCUUAUCUCGCAACAUGCUGUUCCCCCAUCCCAAGUCUAGCUCCUCUUCUUCAACCGCAAUCUUUAUGUGUCUUCAAACGCCUUCUCCUAUUGCCCGUUUUUGGCUUAGUCUUUUGAAUUUAUUUCUCUAGACACAUAGUGGUCGUCUUCACAUAUACACCCGGUUUUGGUCUUCUCCCGCCUAGCCCAACCUGUCCAUCUCCUGUGCUGCUUCGGGAUGCAUUCAGGUUCAUUUUCUUUAUAUGUUACUUGUUUAUUUUUAUUACCGUCGUUUUGUCGUUGUACUAUUUACAGUUUGCUUUCUGGGACGAAGGGGUGGGAGUCCGGAGUACAAAACGGAUCUUUUUGUAACCAUUUCUCUGCAGUGGGCUCACAUAGCAAUUAGCUGGAAUAUGGAUAUACCGUUUACUCCGUCGGAAUAUUAUGAGAUACCUGGUUUUCUUUUUUGUUUUCUUUACUAUUGUUGUCUAUUAUAAUUUGCAUUAGGCACUAUUUUCGUUGAUGGA